GGGGGUUGACGGCAAAUUGAGUAUAAAUUGUGCACAAAAAUCGAAAAAGCUUGUUUAUUUAGGUUCUACUUUGUUUCUUCAACCAACUCAACGCGGUUUCGUUACGUACCCCCAGCUUCCAUUUUCCUCUUUUCUUCUCUCUAGUCUGUCCUGAGCUGCAAACAUGGCUGAGUCGGUAGAGCUCCCGAGUCGCCUCGGCAUCCUUCCCUUCCGUAACAAGGUUCUCUUGCCUGGCGCCAUCAUUCGGAUUCGAUGCACUUCACCCAGCAGUGUGAAAUUGGUGGAGCAAGAGCUGUGGCAGCGGGAAGAGAAGGGGUUGAUUGGUAUUCUUCCAGUUCGUGAUGCUGCCGAGACAACAACAGCAAUAGGCCCCGUGCUAUCUCAAGAUGUCGGAAGUGAUUCUGGUGAGAGAAGCUCGAGAGUUCACGUUGGCGCAUCCGAUUCUCACAGGCUUGAUGCCAAGAAUCAGCAGGAAAAUAUGCAUUGGCAUACCAGGGGAGUCGCAGCUCGUGCUUUACAUUUGUCAAGAGGAGUGGAGAAGCCAAGCGGUAGAGUUACAUACAUAGUCGUUCUUGAAGGUUUGUGCAGAUUCAGUGUCCAGGAACUUAGCACCAGAGGAACGUAUUACACUGCACGGAUAUCUCCUCUUGAAAUGACAAAGGCUGAGAUGGAGCAAGUGGGGCAAGAUCCAGAUUUCAUGACAUUGUCUCGUCAAUUUAAAGCAGCUGCCACAGAGUUGAUUUCUAUUCUUGAGCAGAAACAAAAAACAGAAGGAAGGACAAAAGUUCUUUUGGAGACAGUUCCUGUUCACAAAUUGGCUGAUAUCUUUGUUGCCAGCUUUGAGAUAAGUUUUGAAGAGCAACUAUCCAUGUUGGAUUCAGUUGAUCUGAAAGUAAGGCUUUCAAAAGCUAUUGAAUUAGUUGAUAGGCAUUUACAGUCAAUACGUGUGGCAGAGAAGAUUACACAGAAGGUCGAGGGACAGUUAUCAAAAUCACAGAAAGAAUUCCUUUUGCGUCAGCAGAUGAGAGCUAUAAAAGAGGAGCUUGGUGACAAUGAUGAUGAUGAGGAUGACGUGGCUGCCUUGGAGAGAAAGAUGCAAAGUGCAGGAAUGCCUUCAAAUAUCUGGAAGCAUGCACAGAGGGAGCUAAGGCGGCUUAAAAAGAUGCAACCUCAGCAGCCUGGGUAUAAUAGUUCACGUGUUUACUUGGAGCUUCUAGCCGAUCUGCCCUGGCAAAAGGCCAGUGAAGAACAUGAGUUGGAUCUGAAAGCUGCAAAAGAACAUCUUGAUAGCGACCAUUAUGGUUUAGUCAAGGUCAAGCAAAGGAUUAUUGAAUAUCUAGCUGUUCGCAAGCUUAAACCAGAUGCAAGAGGUCCAGUAUUGUGCUUUGUUGGCCCACCAGGUGUUGGGAAAACAUCUUUGGCUUCAUCUAUUGCUGCUGCUUUGGGCAGAAAGUUUAUACGCAUAUCACUUGGUGGUGUUAAGGACGAGGCUGAUAUUAGAGGGCAUAGGAGAACAUACAUUGGUAGCAUGCCUGGGCGUCUGAUUGAUGGCUUAAAGAGAGUAGCAGUUUGUAAUCCGGUCAUGCUGCUGGAUGAGAUUGACAAAACAGGUUCUGAUGUGCGUGGGGAUCCGGCUUCAGCUCUACUGGAGGUUCUUGAUCCAGAACAGAACAAUGCAUUUAAUGAUCACUAUUUGAAUGUUCCAUUUGACCUUUCAAAGGUGGUUUUUGUGGCAACUGCAAAUAGGCUGCAGCCUAUACCUCCACCACUCUUAGACAGGAUGGAAGUCAUUGAGUUGCCUGGAUAUACACCUGAAGAAAAGCUUAAAAUAGCCAUGCGACAUUUAAUUCCCAGAGUUCUGGAGCAGCAUGGGUUGAGUUCUGAGUUACUUCAAAUUCCAGAGGCUAUGGUGAAACAUGUCAUUCAGCGGUACACCAGAGAGGCUGGUGUCAGGAAUCUCGAAAGGAACUUGGCUGCCUUGGCUCGUGCAGCGGCAGUGAGAGUUGCAGAGCAGGAGCAAGCUGUCCCGCUAAGCAAAGAUGUGCACCGGCUUGCUUCACCACUGCUGGAAAACCGGCUUGCUUCGCCACUGCUGGAAAACCGGCUUGCUGAUGGAGGUGAAGUGGAAAUGGAGGUCAUUCCAAUGGCUGUAAAUAAUCAUGAGAUAUCAAGUGCAUUUAGGAUUGCUUCACCCUUGGUUGUGGAUGAGGCUAUGCUGGAAAAAGUACUGGGGCCUCCAAGGUUUGAUGAUAGAGAAGCAGCAGAGAGGGUUGCGACUCCUGGGGUAUCUGUUGGGCUUGUUUGGACUGCGUUUGGUGGAGAGGUCCAGUUUGUAGAGGCUACAGCUACGGUGGGAAAGGGAGAAUUACAUCUCACUGGGCAACUCGGUGAUGUUAUCAAAGAAUCAGCACAAAUAGCACUAACAUGGGUAAGAGCUAGGGCGACCGAUCUUAAAUUAGCAGCUUCUGAAGGAAUCAGUCUCUUGGAGGGCCGGGAUGUUCAUAUACAUUUUCCUGCUGGGGCUGUCCCUAAAGAUGGACCUUCAGCAGGUGUGACUUUGGUAACAGCACUGGUUUCACUAUUCAGUCAGAAAAGAAUGAGAGCAGAUACGGCAAUGACUGGAGAGAUGACUUUAAGGGGUCUUGUCCUACCUGUUGGAGGUGUCAAGGAUAAGAUUUUGGCAGCACACCGUUGUGGUGUCAAGAGAGUUAUCCUGCCAGAGAGAAAUUUGAAAGACUUGGUUGAAGUACCAACUGAAGUUCUUGCCAAUAUGGAGAUACUACUUGCUAAGCAAAUGGAAGAUGUGUUGGAGCAGGCUUUUGAAGAUGGGUGCCCUUGGAGACAACACUCAAAGUUAUGACAGGACCCUCAGGGCAUGUUUAAGGAAACAAAAUCGCUGGUGAUGAAAUUUCUGUGCUAUGGCCACAUCUUUUGGCCCACAAGAUUCCCUCCUGUUCAGCAUGCAGCUGCCUUUGGUAAUUGGGGACCGGAAAAUUAACUCGACUACAUCAGACUCUAGCAGAAGGGAAUUCUAACUUGAUGUGGAGAGACUCAAUGAUCGGUGUUUCUUUCGGGGCUUUGGAUGGAAUUCUUCCAAUGUACUACUAUCUCCUCUCAAAUAAUUAAUCUCUGAUUAUUGUGUGUGAGCAUCUGCCUGCUUUCUAUUUUAACACUGUUUCCCGCUGUAAUCAUAAAUUAAUUGAUUCCUUACUGUGUAUAUAGCUUUUAUUUAAGCAAGAGAGUACUUGCUAUACGAUUCAUUUGUUCCUAUUAAAAGAUUUCAUAUUUCCUCUUCA